AUGGAUGAUAUUUGGAAAAUUUGUGAUAUGAAUUGGUCCCCCCAAUAUAGAGUUCAAACAGAUUCUGCAGCAGUGGUUUUGGCAGUUUCUAAUCCUAAUAAGGAUGUAACUUGGUCCUUGAGAAAUAGAUGGCAGAAUGCUAUGGAGUUACUUAAACAGAUAAAUGGCAUAAUCACUCAUAUUUUUAGAGAAGGAAACAAGGUGGCUGAUUCUCUUGCAAAUCAUGGUUUAUCUUUAAGUGUGUUCAAUUAUUGGCAUCAGGUCCCUUUGUUUAUUCAUGAUAGUUUUUGGAUCGGACAAAAAGACGAACAAAAAGAGCUUGAGAGAGCAAAAAGAGCUUCGGAGGAGGAAGAAGGAGAAGGUGUUGUUGACUCUCGACCUUUAGCGCAACACCUAUGGGACACUCAAGUCCUAGAAGGAAUCAAGGUCCCUCACCUUCCUCCUUCCUUCGAUGGAAAAACAGAUAUAUUAGAACACCUAAUAGCGGUAGGCACGCAAACUGCCAUGAUAAAUGCCCCGGAGCAUUUAAAGUGCAAAUUGCUGUCUGGAACAUUCAAAGACGUAGCGUUACGCUGGUACAUGAAUCUUCCAAAAAAAUCUAUUGAAAGUUAUGCUGACUUCCACAAGAAAUUCAUUCAUCAAUUUGCUGGAUCAAAACACGUGAAAGUCAUAUCAACUAGCCUCUUUUCAAUUUGCCAAAACCACGCAGAGUCAUUGCGUGAUUACUUGGCUAGAUUUAGUGAAGCCACCAUAAAGGUUUCGAAUCGUAACCAAGAAAUGUUCGUAGCGGCUUUUCACAACGGGCUAAGGGUGGGACACUUCAAUGAAUCCUUAGCCCAAAAGCCUGCAUCUUCAAUGCAAGAAAUAAACAAGAGAGCAGAAUGUUAUAUCAAGGGAGAAGAAAGUAACGCAGAGAAGAGGCAGAGAGAUGCCAAGGAAAAAGAAUACGUCAACCAUAACGACCAUCAGCGACAAAGGUAUGGAGGCCAACAAGAGGCGUCAUGGCAAAGACGCCAGGGAAACCCUUAUUACAAACCACCAAGGCGCGAAGUCAAAGACUAUCCCGCCUUCAGGGAGUACACGUCUUUGAACAAAGCCAAAGUGCAUGUAUCGAAGGAAAUUCUCACCACCGGUUUAGCUAACCUUCCUCCCUAUAGGGAUAGAGGUGCUUUUAUGGGACCUGACGGUGAUGCUUGGUGCGCCUAUCAUCGUUGUAGAGGGCACUCGACGGAGAAGUAUUUUCGACAAAGAGAUCUUAUCGAGGAGUUUAUUAAAAGCGGUCACUUGAGAAAGUUUAUCGAGGAUACGUCACAAGGGCGAGUCCUUGUGCCAAAAGUUCCUAGGCGAGAACCGCGGGAUUUAUCAGAGGAGGACAAUCAAGGAAUAGCGCCACAUGAUGAUGAUCCUCUAGUUAUACAAGUUCAAAUCCUAAAUUGUGAUGUGAAAAGGGUCCUAAUAGAUUUUGGCAGUUCUGAGGACAUCAUGUAUUGGGAAGCCUUUAAGGCCAUGCAAUUAGCAGAGGAACAAGUGGAUGUGAUGGGAUAUGCUUCCUUACUCACAACUUUCGGAGACAAGGAUAACGCCAAGACUAUCAAGGUCCGUUAUUUAGUAGUCAAAACCUCAUUCACCUCUUAUAACAUCAUUAUUGGAAGGGCAGUAUUCAAUGCUUUAGGUGCCGUCGUGUCAACAUUGUAUUUGGAAAUAAAGUAUCCCUUGGAUAAUGGGGGAGUGGCGACUGUUAGAGGCGAUAAAUUAUUAGCCAAACGAUGUUACGAGUCCAGCUUGAAAAUAAGGCAUAUGACUUCUGAAAUUCUAGCACACUAG